CUUUGUGGUCACCAUGUGAAGCUGCUGGCGCCGAGACUGGGAGCCGCGGCCACAUGACAGCAGCAUCCGUUCUGGAGAAGGGGAGGCUCGGUGGAGGAACCAAUUUACCUACUAAAUUAAUAUGUUUGUGGCUCGUAGCAUUGCAGCAGAUCACAAAGAUCUAAUCCACGAUGUUUCCUACGAUUUUCACGGCCGGAGAAUGGCAACUUGUUCAAGUGACCAAAGUGUCAAGGUUUGGGACAAGACUGAAAGUGGGGAGUGGCACUGCACUGCCAGCUGGAAGACACACAGCGGGUCAGUAUGGAGGGUGACAUGGGCCCACCCUGAGUUUGGACAGGUACUGGCCUCUUGCUCCUUUGACCGAACAGCCGCUGUGUGGGAGGAGAUAGUUGGGGAGUCUAACGACAAACAGAGAGGGCAAAGCCACUGGAUAAAGAGGACGACUCUGGUGGACAGCAGGACGUCGGUGACGGACGUGAAGUUUGCUCCUAAACACAUGGGUCUGAUGCUGACAACGUGCUCGGCGGACGGGGUUGUGAGGAUCUACGAGGCUCCGGACGUGAUGAACCUCAGCCAGUGGUCCCUGCAGCACGAGAUCUCCUGUAAACUCAGCUGCUCCUGUAUCUCCUGGAAUCCUUCCAGCUCUCGCGCCCACCCUCCCAUGAUAGCAGUGGGAAGUGAUGACAGCAACGUGAUGUACGGUGGGAAGGUUCAGAUCUACGAGUACAAUGAAAACACUAGGAAAUAUGCGAAAGCAGAGACAUUGAUGACCGUGACUGAUGCGGUGCACGACAUAGCCUUCUCCCCGAACCUGGGGCGGUCCUUCCACGUGCUCGCCAUAGCAACCAAGGACGUUCGCAUCUUUAAGUUGGUUCCUUUACGCAAGGAGAGCAGCUCAACAGGCCCCACUAAAUUUGAGGUUCAGAUCGUGGCCCAGUUUGACAACCACAACUCCCAGGUGUGGAGAGUCUCCUGGAACAUCACCAGCACUUUGCUGGCCUCCUCAGGAGACGACGGCUGUGUUCGACUCUGGAAAGGUAUUUCUUCCCCCCUCUGGAUGCCCCCAGGGCAGGGUCCAGGUACGGCCACCUGCUGCCCCCCCUUCUCUGAUAGAGCACUCUGAUGCCCAGUCCAGCGCCCCCUGGUUCCCCCACAGCCAGCUGCCCCAGUCCCCCCUGGCCAUCCAUGGCCAGCCCCCCCAAUCCCCUCUGUCCCUGCACAGACUGUACUCACACUCUAGAGCCCUCAACACCCUGCCUGAACACGACUGACCCUCUAGAGCCCUCAACACCCUGCCUGAACACCCUGCCUGAACACGGCUGAUCCUCCAGAGCCCUCAACACCCUGCCUCAACGCCCUGCCUGAACACGGCUGAUCCUCUAGAGCCCUCAACACCCUGCCUCAACGCCCUGCCUGAACAUGGCUGACCCUCUAGAGCCCUCAACACCCUGCCUGAACACGGCUGACCCUCCAGAGCCCUCAACACCCUGCCUGAACACGGCUGAUCCUCUAGAGCCCUCAACACCCUGCCUCAACACCCUGCCUGAACAUGGCUGACUGGGGUGGUACUCUGCUUCUUAGUGACUAAUCAAAAUAAGACCAUCCCCUCUCCCAGAACAGUUUGGUUGGUGCAUAAAACCAGGUGAAUCUUGAUAAGCAAAAAUGUAAUGAUUUCUUAGACAUUUUGUUUACGAUAGUGCCUCCAUAAUAUAAACAGCCCUAGUGCUGACUGACAAUU